CAGAUCAGCCACUUUCACAACAACCAGAUGGGAGAGGACCCCGCUGCGUCAUCAACAAACCCAGAAACUAUAGUUCUCUUUCAGUUUGCCUGAUUCUGAGCCAAAUCCAAGCGUUAAUUACGACAUUGUGUCUGCACAUAUGACGUACGCGUUAAUUAUAUUUGCUAAAAAAAAACACUAGGCAGUGUGUUCAAGACUGCAGUUGGGUGGGCGGCAGCAGCAGAGUGUGUGCUAGGCGCAGGCCUAAAAGGGGACAGUCUGUCCGCCGCACAGAUCGCCUCUGUUUGGACGAGGGUCGCUAACAGCGGAGGCACAACGGCACACGAACCCGUUCAGUCCAAAACAGCUCUGACCACAGAAUUAAAUGGGGCUCUAAAAUUUAUCGGUUCGUUUAGGGGCUGGAUUUAAAACAUGUCGAUGACAGGCGGUUCUGCGGUUAUAGCGGCCGCCCUCUUCUUUCUGCCCUUAUAGCGCGUUAGCUAGCUGAAUAGCCAGGUAAAUGGCCGGCUAGCUAACCUGCUGCUGCUAACUACCGGUUUUCUCGCUAACCGGUCGUGCUUUGCCCUGCUUUCGUCUCUGGGAGUUUGUCGACGACUCGGAAAAAUAAGGUUACUUUUAAACUGACAUGCGGACAGCCUGGUCGUUGGUUACAUUAAAGUGUUUGCUGUUCCGCUCGGUCUGCCGGUUUGCUCUGUGACUGGCUCGCUCGCUGGAGUUAACAGGCUAGCCGGGCUUAGCUAGCCGUCCACCACACUCUGCGGUUCGCGCAGGCUAUAAAUACUCAUCUUUGUUUCCUCCCGUCCAAAAGUGGCAAGCUCAUCUGCUGAGAGCCUGCCUUCAUCCACUCUUGGCAAUAAUCCUUGGACCCCGUCGUCGUGCAAGGCCGUCAAAGUAAAAGCCGGGACAUACUGAACUCUGGGGUGACGGUGUCAAAACUUUGAGCCAAACUUUGGGGUCCCCGGUUAAACUAGCUUAAACUGGACACCUGUUUUAACCAAAUAUAGAAAAAGGCAGGUGGUCAUGCGAGUUCAGCCUAGAUCUUAACGGUUGCUAGUCCCAAUUUUCAUGGGAAAUCAGCGUUUCGUUUCGGAGAAAAGGUACAAACAAUCCGGAGAGCAGCUAACUAGUUAGCUAACUGGCGUCGCUAAAAGAAACUGGCAGCCAAGUCUGAGGACGCAGCAGCAGUAAGGCACCAUGUCCGAAGACAACAAUGCAGACAAGUUUAUCAAGGAGAGUUCCAUCUUGGAAGAGUACAAUAUCAACUGGACACAGAAGCUGGGUGCUGGAAUCAGUGGACCUGUAAGGGUCUGUGUGAAAAAGUCAACACAAGAACGGUUUGCCCUGAAGAUCUUGAUCGACAGACCCAAAGCGCGCAAUGAGGUGAGACUUCAUAUGAUGUGUGCUGCUCACCCCAACAUUGUGCAGAUUUUGGAGGUUUAUGCCAACAGUGUGCAGUUUCCCCAUGAAUCCAGUCCAAGAGCAAGGUUAUUAAUUGUUAUGGAGAUGAUGGAAGGAGGGGAGCUGUUCCAUAGAAUCAGUCAGCACAGACACUUUACAGAGAAGAUGGCAAGCCAAGUCACUAAACAGAUUGCCCAGGCUUUGGAACACUGUCACUCACUGAAUAUUGCACAUCGAGACCUGAAACCAGAGAACCUGCUGUUCAAGGACAAUUCACUGGAUGCUCCUGUAAAAUUGUGCGAUUUUGGUUUUGCCAAAAUCGACCAAGGUGAUCUGACAACCCCACAGUUCACUCCUUACUAUGUAGCACCUCAGGUAUUAGAGGCACAAAGGCGCCACCAGAAAGAAAAGUCUGGAAUUAUACCUACCUCACCAACCCCUUACACAUACAACAAGAGCUGUGACUUGUGGUCCUUGGGCGUGAUCAUCUAUGUGAUGCUGUGCGGCUAUCCGCCGUUUUAUUCCAAGCACCACAGCCGCACUAUCCCUAAAGACAUGCGCAAGAAAAUCAUGACGGGCAGUUUUGACUUCCCUGAAGACGAGUGGAGCCAGAUAUCUGAGAUGGCAAAAGACAUCGUCCGCAAGCUGCUGAAAGUGAAGCCUGAAGAAAGGUUGACCAUUGAGGGUGUCCUGGCCCACCCCUGGCUUAACUGCACUGAGGCCUUGGACAAUGUGCUUCCCUCUGCCCAGAUGAUGAUGGAUAAGGCAGUUGUAGCCGGGAUCCAGCAAGCCCAUGCAGAACAGCUGGCAAACAUGAGAAUACAAGACCUUAACGUCAGCCUCAAGCCGCUCAGCUCCGUCAACAACCCUAUUCUGAGGAAAAGGAAGCUGGGGUUGCUAGGAACAAAGCCUAGCGAUGGCUUCUUCAUUAACGAUCCUGAAAAUGGUGCCGAGGACUCCAACGUUGCUCUGGAAAAACUAAGAGAUGUCAUUGCACAGUGCAUCCUCCCACAGGCUGGAGAAAAUGAGGAUGAGAAGCUGAAUGAGGUGAUGUAUGAAGCGUGGCGUUUCAACAGGGACUGCAAGCUGCUCCGUGAUGGGCUGCAAGGGCUGAGCUGGGAUGGUCGGGCUUUCUCUGAUAAAGUGGAUCGCUUGAAAUUGGCAGAGAUAGUAAAACAGGCCAUUGAAGAAAAAACAAACUUAGAAGACUCCCAAUAGCAAGUGCUGCAUUUCUAUUUCCUUUUGUACUGUUUAUUAUAAUUGUUCUUAAGCAAAUAACUGUAAAGAGUAAUUUUUAUGUAAAUUGAAGCGCAUGCUUUUUUUCCCUUCUCCAUGGACACACUUGCGAGCCUGUUGUACAGCUGUAGAUAUGACCAAGACGUUGUUGGUACGAUUACUUUUUUUCUACAGAUGACAGUGAAAAAAAACACAUUUUAAAAAGCAUAUUUUUGUUUUUGCAAGAAAAAAUGAAAAAAAGGAAAAUAAUUGUUUCAGCACCAACUGAGAAGGAAGGGAGCCCUUUAUGAUUCAUUUAGGAAAUGAGAUAUUUUUACCUUUUUAGUUUUGACUUCCUUUUUCUUUUAACAAUGCCUGUAAGUCUAUUUAUUAAAAGAAACAAAGAACACAUUUGAUAGCAGAACUUCCAGAAGAAGAAAUGAACAUGCCUCUGAAGAGGAUGGGGUUGAAGGUUAACUUGUUAUUCAUAUAGAUUUCCAUAUAGGAUUGAAAACUCAUGGUGAUUUUAUUACCCCAAAAAAGUUGCUAAAGAAUUUGAGUUAACAUCAUAAAGCUGCCUUCAGAAUUGCAAUCAAAUAUAUAUCAUUUCAUAUCAGCACAUAGUUGUAACUGGACUGUGAAAAAUAGUACAAAUUAAUACCUUCCAUCCUUUUCUAAUUUGCUCCCCUAGCUUUGAUCUUGCUAAACUGAGUGAAAGAAUUGUAAGCUGUUUUUUUUAUUUUUUUUUUUAUCAGUUAAGGAUAUUAAAUUAUAUAACUCCCAUAUAUGUAAUAAUCUGUUACCAAGUGAAGUCAUGCUGGCAUUAUUUUUCUUUUCUUUAAUCAACUUUAUUUCGAUAGUAAAUCUCUUUAGCUGACAAAUCGAUAUUCUCAGCUGAUUGGAGAAAACAGUUGAUGAAUUAUGACUCAGCAAAACUACAGCCUUGUGUGUGUGUGUGUGUGUGUGUGUGUGUGUGUGUGUGUGUGUGUAAAAGAGAGAGAGAGUGAGAAAGAGAGAGAGAGAGCAAGAGAGCAGAAACAAGUAAAUGCUGCUUCCCUUUUGAUCUUUAAAGGAAGUAGUUCUUACUGACAUUGCACAGGCAGUGGUCAGCCAGCGCCUGUUUUUCCCAAAAGCGUUGGUAAAAAAAAUCUUAAUACGGUGUUUUCAUUCAGUUCAAACUUUACAGUACGCUUAGACUGUUUACACCUGGUUGUUUCAUGUGUCUUGAGUAGCAGGAUAAUAUCUGGAUGGAUAUUAUCCUAAUGCACAUAAAAAUGCAAGUGUAAAGAUGCAUUUAAAACAGACUUAAAGGGGAACUCCACUGAUUUUUGAAAAAUUUGGCACAAUUAAAUGUUUUCUUAUGUAAACAAAGUCAUUCCGAGUGAUGUACUGUGAAAUACUCCGUCCUAGAAAAACUUACCGAGUCAGAAUUGUUCACAGUGGUGGUGAUAGAAACCAGACGUCUGAAGAGUUUAAUGCCUUUGAAAUCCCCCUCACAGAAAGUUAUUACAUGAAAUGGUUAGAUAUCUCUGAUACAUUGCUUUAUGGUGGUUUUGUAUUUUUGUUUUAGCUUAAAAUGUAUGUUAAUUCAUUUAUUUUGAUCCAUUUAUGGCAGAGUGGUAUAUGCAGGGUGUAAGGCGAAAACUCAGACACUUGUAGGUUCACUAGUGAUUUGGGAUUGUAAAUAAAACGGAUAUAUUGAUGUUGUAGACAUUGUGAGCCUGGGUUCCUAUUAGGACCACUGUAAAGAAAUCUGAGUCUCUACAAAUGAAGUAUUUCACAUCAAACCGCUCUGACGUUGUUUAUAUCCCAAGAACUAAAUAAUUCAGAAACUUUGAAAAAUUGGUGGAAUUCCUCUUUAAAGCUCAUCACUCAGACCACUUCCGGAAUCUGUCUCAAUAAGCCACAUUUGGCAAUCAAAACCCCUCUGAAUAUAGUGAUACCGCCUAUGCCUGCUGUUCCACAUAUAGGAAAGUGGCUGCCACCUUCUUGCUUUCUUCUUUAUUUUUUUUAUUUCUUUGUUUCUUCCACAGCAGCCAUUUUUUUAAAGAACAAGAAAAAUGAGAUACAACACAGUCAACUGGUUGUUGUAUAUGAGCUAAUUUGCAUUUUACUCAGCAUGAAGCAAUCAUAUUUCAAUCUGACUAACCAGAGACGCAUUUGACUACUAAGCAUAAAAACUUGCCAAGUUGCAGUCUAGAUACUAGUCGCAUGAAACAACCCAGUGCAAAUGGGGUCUUAAGUUUCUGCAAGAAUUACAAGGCAUUUCUAGUUAAGAAAGAAUUGUCAGUCAUACGGUACGGUACCAUCUACCAAAUGUGUGUACUGUAGAUGUAAUUGGAAAUCUAAGUACCUUAAUUCAAGAUAGACGAAUAUGGGCCUAAUAUCUCAUGUAGGCUAUCAGUGCUAGUUAAUUAGAUAAAUGAAACCAGGAUAUAGAAAAACCCCAAACCUGACCAUGCUGUUUGUUUGAUUUUCUUCCUUCACCAUUGUGGCUUGAAGGCUGUCUGAACAUGCUGUAUAGUAGAGGGCGCUGUAUAGUAGUGGUUCUCAAUCCUGGAGCACCCCUGCAGUGCACAUUGUGGUGUUUUCCCUGCACCCAACAAACCUGAUUCAACUCAUCAGCUAAUCAAUAAGCCUCUUCUGAGUCACACUUUCUGUUAGAGUGGGGGGAAAAUACUAAUCUGAAACAAAACAGCGGCACUCCAGCCCUGUGAUUGAGAAGCACUGCUGUGCAAUUCAGCAUUUAUGGUGAUCACUGCACUAUGAUGUUUCGGGAAAGCAGGCCAAGAGGUACUACUUCUCACUGCUGAUUAUCACCAAGGUGAUGUCACCUAAAUGGACUGAUUGGCUCAGGGCUGCCAUAGCAACAAUUCAUCCAUUUGUAGUGAUCUUAAGAUUCAGCACUACCCCUGUCUUUUUUGGGAAAAUAUCUACUCAUUGUUUUCUACCCUAACUAACCAUCAUAAGCCACGGACUACAUAUUAAGUCAUUGCUCCAUGACUUUGAAUGCCUUCUUCCAGGUAUGGACCUACAAAGAAUUGAAUGGUGGACAAACUAUCAUACAUCUAAGAUUAUACAGUUUACUUAAAUCUCUAAUUACCAGUUUCACAGAAAGCUGGAAUAGCUCCCAAGAGUCCCUGCAACAGUUCAGCCUACCCUGUGUAUUUAAUGGUUGCUCUCAGCAAGACAUAACUGAAUUACAGACUUUUUAAAUGUAGCAACGCAUCUGGGGACACUUUUUCUGAAGACAAGUGGUUCUCAGCAUGUUGGACAUAACCGCUGAGCCAGCUUCAGGUUGCCUUAUGCCCAGCCCUUCUCAAACCAUGACAAAUCACAAAGCAAACCACAAAGGUAGAGGCUUUUUCUAGCAGCUGUCGUCUUAGCAUGGCAAUAUUUUGUUCUCUCUUUGUGAAACCGGUCAGAAAAAAGGGCUUGUGGCUCUACCAAGACCAACUUUUGCCUUGCUACUUAUGAGACUCAUUUGUUACCAGCGCUUCCACUUUUGUUGUUUUUAUCAUAUUGUAAUUUAUUUAAUUAAUUUUCUAUUAUUCUAUUUUUACCCUUUUCUGAUGUGGCACAUAAGCACUUAUCAUUAUCAUUUCAUGAUGGAAGACCUGUACCUCAGACAGUAUUUUAUUUUUAAUUUUUUUAUUUUAUUUUUAUUUUAAUUUUGUCUUCUCCUCUUUGAAAUGUCCUGACCAUGCUGAAAUAUUUGUAUUAAAGGAAUUCCUUGCUACAGCAUUGAGAA